AUGUAUCUAAAGCCAGAGUGGGUAAUCGGGAGAGUCGGGAGAAUUCCCGGUGGGCUGGUAGCGUUUUGGGAUGGUUACUAUUGUUUGACUGAGACCCUCGGGGUGUCCUGCGGUCCUCGGACUCAGUUCUGUGCUCUGCAGGAGUCAAAGGUGGAGUUCACAUGUUCUUACUCAAAGAUCAACAUCAAAACUGUCUUCUGGUUCAGCUUUAAACAGAAAGCCAAAUGGAGGAAUGAGACACAUCCAGAGGAUUUAGCUUUAGACUCAGACUACACAGGACGAGUGAACACUCAGAUUACAAGCUUCAGCUCAACUCUUACAAUCAGAGACCUGAGAGAGAGAGACUCAGGAGAAUAUCACCUCAUGAUCAUCACAGAACAAGGAGAGAAACAUCUCAGCUCAACUGCAGUCAAUCUAACAGUUACAGGCCUGCAGGUGACACAAAAAAGACCAAACACUCUGAACUGUGGCACGUCCUGCACUCUGACCUCUGUUUAUCCACUUUACUUCUGGUUCAAGAAUGGCCAGAAUACAAGAAAAUCCACAAACUUCAGUGGUCCCCUUAUUUUAUCCAGUGAUGAUGAAGGCAGUUUCUCCUGCUCUGUUUUUGGCUAUAACAGCAUACCUUCCCCUUCACUAUGUGUUUCUGGUGAGAACUGUUGGAGUGUUACGUACACUGAUAGAAGAGUGUGUGUUUUGAAGGGUUCAUCAGUGGAUUUCCACUGCACUUACUCAUAUCCCAGUAAUCAGUCAAUUACUGAGGCAUUCUGGCAUUACUGUUCACCUGAGGAGGGGCUAAAGGACCUGAGACAGGAAGAGCAGUUUGCUGGUCGAGUGGAGUUUAUUGGAGAUCAACUGAGAAACUGCACUCUGAGAAUGAGAGAUGUGAGAAAGAAUGACUCUGGAGAAUAUCGCUUUCGAUUCAUCACUAAAACUAAAGAAGGGAAAUUCUCUGGUAAACCUGGAAUCACCUUGAAUGUUACAGCUCUGCAGGUGAGAGUGAUUUCCAGCACAGCAUCAGAUGGUCAGACAGUAACACUGAUGUGUAGUAGCACAUGCACUCUGCCUAACAACCCCACUUACAUCUGGUACAAGAACGGACAGCUUGUAUCUAACAAACUCACUAGAGACAACAAGCUGUACCUAAAGUGCAGUGAAGAUGCAGGAAACUACUCCUGUGCUGUGAGAGGACACGAGGAGCUCCGCUCUCCUGAUCAAACACUCGGUGACUGUCUUCUGGUUCCAGAGGAGAGCUCAGUGUUGGUCACAGUGGGAGUGGUGGUCUUUCUGGCUCUGAUACUCAUCACAGCAGCUCUGUGGAGGUUCUAUAUGAGCAGGAGGAGGAGAGGAGCGGAGAGAGACUCAGAUAUUCAGACUCCAGAUCCUGCAGACCACACAUACACAGCUCUGAAUCCCACCACCAUGACCUCAGAUUAUGACACUCUCAUACAUCUUACAGACUCUCCCAGUGACACAUACACAGCCCUAAACCCUGAAACCAUGUGCUCUGAUUACGACACUCUGACAAGAGUAGCUGAAGAUCCAGGUGGAUAUCAGCACCAUGGAGAGCACAGACAGCGCAGCCCUGCACACAAAGAGAGCUUCACUCGACAUCACUGUACUCACAGCGAAUGA